CUUUCAGCUUCACACUUGAACAUUGAUUAGCACAUCCUUUAUUGGUCAGUCCCCAUAUCCCCACCCCACAGAUGAGCUAUUAUUAUCAUAAAUCAGUGCAUUUGUCUUUUUAUUUUUCUUUCUGCUCUGCACUAAUUGCGUACACACUUGUUUCUAAAGUAGAGCUAAAUACCUUGUCUUACUUCUGUCCUUGGUUCUGAAACUCCAUGUUGUUCUCUGUGUGCAUUUUAAGCACACAAGAUAAGAUCUGAGUGGUAAUUUAUUUAUUUAUUCAACAGUAUAAAUGAGCUACCCUUGUUGUGCUUGUAGAUGUUUCAGAUUGUUCCUUGAGGGAGAAGAAUUAUCAUUAGAAAUAAUAGACAUUUGUCUUUUUACUCAUUAAUUGUCUUUAUUUAUAAUGUCUCAAGUUUUACACAGGCUAAAUGUUUGUUUGUUUGUUGACAUAAAACGGCCAGUGUAUUUCAUAGUGAAUUUUUAAGUAGAUUGCUGUGUUCAGUUUGUACUCACGGUGUCACUGUAGACCAGCUAAGGAGUCAGAUGUUCAGACUGCUUUUCACACCACCCUUAUUCCAUUGGACCAUCCCUGUUCUUUGUAGCCUUCAGUACCGACGGUAGAUACUCGAAGCACACAUCUUUUGAUCUCCAACGUAUUUGUAUGUUCAGACUGACGAGGUCUAACUAUACCACUACUAUCCUAGGAUGAUGUCUAAACGGAGUGUUGUUCAGAUCUGCGGCUUUGUCUUUUUCUUUGUCGUGGUGCAUUACGCUCACGGGGACCUGAGCUAUUCUGUCCUGGAGGAGCAGAAGCGAGGAUCUGUUAUAGGAAAUAUUGCGAAGGAUCUGGGCCUGGAGGUGGGCAGACUGUCUGCUCGAAAAGCUCGUGUUGAUAUGGAGGGAAGUGACAAACAAUACUGCGGGGUAAAUCUUCAGAGCGGGGAUUUAUUCGUUUCUGAAAGAAUUGACCGAGAGGAGCAUUGUGGAGAAAAGCCUUCGUGUGUUCUCAAAUUCGACUUGCUGUUGGAGAAUCCAUUGGAGUUACACCGGUUGUCUCUGCAGGUGCAGGAUGUUAACGACAACGCGCCGAUUUUUCCGAAGGAUAUAAUAAAACUAGAGAUAAGAGAAUCAGCUGACAAGGGAGCCAAGUAUCGUAUUAAUGCAGCUCACGAUGCAGAUAUAGGCAAGAACUCAGUUCAGAGCUACAUUUUGCAACAAAACCCUCACUUUGUUUUCAAUAUUGAGACGACGAGCGCUGGUCGGAAAUACGGUGAGUUGGUUUUGGACAAAGAGUUAGAUCGAGAGGAGCAGCAGGAGAUGAAAUUAUUGCUCACAGCUGUUGAUGGAGGCUCUCCUCAGAGAUCCGGGACUGUAGUCAUACACGUCAUUGUACUAGAUGCUAAUGAUAACGCCCCAGUGUUCACUGAGAGCAUCUAUACAGCAACGAUAGCAGAAAACUCACCUAUCGAUACACCUGUGAUCACUGUGAGUGCAUCUGACGCAGACGAAGGUGUCAACGGAGAAGUUACGUAUGAAUUUAGUCGAAUCUCUGAUAAAUCUCGAAAGCUAUUUUCACUGGAGGAGAAAACUGGAGUGAUCAGUGUAGCUGGAAACAUCGAUUAUGAAGAGGGAUCCAAAUAUGAAGUGUUUGUUGAAGCUAAAGAUAGUUAUGGUCUUUCAUCAGAAGCAAAAGUGAUAAUUGAUAUAACUGACAUCAAUGAUAAUGCUCCAGUAAUAUAUCUGAAAUCACUGACUAACCCCAUACCUGAGAACGUGUCACCUGGUACAGAGGUGGGCAUCAUUAACGUGCAGGACAGAGACUCUGAUAGUAACAGACAGGUCCGCUGCUCCAUUCAGCAAAAUGUCCCUUUUAAGUUGGUUCCUUCUAUUAAAAACUAUUAUUCUCUGGUGAGCACAGGACAACUGGACCGUGAACUAGUGUCUGAUUACAACAUUACAAUCAGUGCCACUGACGAGGGCUCUCCACCUCUGUCGUCGUCUAAAACUGUUCAGUUAUCUGUAGCAGACAUCAACGACAACCCACCUGUGUUUGAGGAGCAGUCGUACAGCGCAUAUGUGAGUGAGAAUAACAAAGCUGGCUCCACUUUAUGUUCUGUUAGUGCUCGAGACCCCGACUGGAGACAGAACGGUACAGUGAUUUAUUCUCUGUUAGGCGGUGAGGUGAACGGUGCCCCGGUGUCCUCCUAUGUGUCGGUGAACGGAGACACGGGGGUGAUCCACGCUGUGAGGUCGUUUGAUUAUGAACAGUUCCGGAGCUUCAAAGUUCAGGUGAUGGCCAGAGACAACGGUUCUCCUCCUCUCAGCAGCAACGUGACCGUGAGUGUGUUCAUAUCAGAUGUGAAUGACAACUCUCCUCAGAUCCUGUACCCCGGGCCAGAGGGCAAGUCGUUCAUGACCGAGCUGGUCCCCAAAGCUGCACACGGAGGCUCUCUGGUGUCCAAAGUGAUAGCGGUGGACGCGGACUCUGGACAGAACGCCUGGCUGUCGUAUCAAAUAGUGAAAUCCACUGAUCCGGGACUUUUCACUAUUGGUGUCCACAGUGGAGAGAUCAGGACCCAGCGGGACAUUUCUGAAUCUGACAGCAUGAAACAGAACCUUGUAGUGUCAGUGAAAGAUAACGGGCAGCCCUCUCUGUCUGCCACCUGUUCCAUGUAUUUACUGAUUUCUGAUAACUUGGCUGAGGUGCCAGAACUGAAGGACAUUUCUUAUGAUGAGAAGAACUCCAAACUGACCUCUUAUCUGAUCAUCGCGCUGGUGUGUGUGUCGACGUUUUUUCUGACCUUCAUCAUCAUCAUCCUCGGUGUGAGGUUUUGUCGCAGGAGAAAGCCCAGACUGUUGUUUGACGGAGCAGUGGCCAUCCCCAGCGCGUAUCUCCCUCCUAAUUACGCAGAUGUUGACGGCACAGGAACUUUACGCAGCGCUUACAAUUAUGACGCCUACCUGACAACAGGGUCUCGAACCAGUGACUUUAAGUUUGUGUCAUCGUACAAUGACAACACACUGCCAGCUGACCAGACUCUGAGGAAAAGUCCAUCAGACUUUGCUGAAGUGUUUGGAGACUGUGACGACUCUCCUGAGGUAGGAGCGUGUGCCUGAUACAAAUACUGUUAAACGCAUAUUGCUCACUUACCAGGACAGCGAUAGAUCAUAUACCAUAUGGUUACCAUGGUUAACCUUGCUUACAAGACUGUAGUUUGUUUGUGUGUGUGUGUGUAGUUGUCGUUGUUGUUGUCGUUGUUGUUUGUUGGUUUCUUGCCCCUUAAAAGCCAGCUUUGAUGGGCAUACGUUUCUUUAAAUGCUGCGUCAAUUGGAUUAAAAUUAAGAGACCGCUGGUACAAUCAGAACCCAUUUACUUGUUUUUUUUGCAUGUUAAAUUUUUUAACUACGUUGUGUUUUAGGUCCCUCAUUUUUUUCCUUCGUCUUUGGCGCAUGAAGCGAGUAAGAUUUCAGCAGUUUUUACCUUUUCUGUAACUAUUUUUUUAUAUAGGCUUCUGAUGUUGAUGGUUUUACUGAGUUAUCCCCCAACACUAAACUUGAGUUCAGAGUCUUCAAGAAUCACUUUCGUUUUUUUCUUUUUUCUUUUAAAAGUUUUUAGCUAUAUGUUUAUGUUUUUAUAAUCUUGAUCAAUGAAACAGCUGAAAUGCUAAGGUUUCCUCUCUAAGAUAUCACAUCAAUAUAUUGUCCUCUUAGUUUUCAGUCCAAAAUCUUAUCAAUUUAUGAACCUAACCAUGAAAGGCCAAUUUUGGCAUGCAUCUUAAAAACAUCCUUCAUGUGUGGUCGAAAGGUACGCACUGUGCACACUUGCCCUUGUUUG